AAAAAGUCUCUGCGAACCUCGGCUUGCAUAUUGUUGGGCUGAAGGAUUGUUUUGCUGGGACCGCUCCAAUACCCAAAAGCAGCAAUUCUUCCGCAUAAACGUCCGACGGACUUUAUACGCGGUCCCCAACAUAGAAUCUGACAGCCCAAAAAUCCAUGUCAGCAAUCGACACAUUACUCGAUCCUCUGAAACUAAAAAACUUAGUUUAUUUUAAGGAGAUAUAUAAAAUGUCAAUGCCUCCCAUGGACCUCUCCCUUGUCAAUUCCUCGUCAGCACAGCCUAUACCCUUUUAUUUAUCAUCAGUCUUUUUUAUGCUAUAGAAAAUGUCGGGCAAAAAACUUCCUGAGCUCGCGGGCUUCAAAACCAUCAACGCCAAACUCCUCGUCAGCGAGGAGACUUCAGAGAAACCGCCCGCGGACCAUCCAGCUGCUGUUGUCAUCUACGGCUGGGGCGAUGGACUUGCCAGACAUGUUGGAAAAUACGCUGAGGGCUAUCGCGCUCUCUUCCCUCAUUCCAAGAUUCUCAUCAUCUUGAGUCCUAUUUCGGAUGCCAUGUUCACAGGUCUUGAGACGCGAACACGCGCUAUGCAACAUGUUAUCGACAACCUCGAUGGCCUUCUCGAUGAAAAGACAGCGCCUAUUCUUAUUCACAGCAUGUCCAACACCGGUGCCAUCAGCUACGCCACUACGCUAAAGGCUUUCAGGGAUAAGAAUGGUAGACAGAUGCCUCAUCAACUUCUUGUCCUUGACUCAACGCCCGGAAACCCGUUUUGGUCGUGGGAGAGACUAGGUCAAUGGUCGCACGCCAUGGCCCUCGGCACCGCCAAGUUCUUCCCCUGGCCUUUUGUCAUCACCAAGGGCAUCUGGGGCUUUGUCCUAACCUUGGACGUCAUUAUCAAGAAGCUCACAGGCGGAGAACCUUCUGGUGCUUUCGCCCUGCGAGUUGUGGACGACACAAACUACGAGACACUAGACUCCAAGCGAUUGUAUCUGUAUAGCAAGGAGGAUCAGAUUAUUUCUCAUAUGGAUAUUGAGGGCUAUAUUGCCGAGUCUCAGCAGAGAGGCUACGAGACGAGACAGGAGCUGUUUGUGGAUACUGACCAUGUUGGACACAUGCGUGAGCAUCCUGAGCAGUACUGGAAGGCAAUCUCGGAAGCCUGGAAGUGGAGUAAUGACGAGUAAAAUGGUUAUUGGGUUUGAUUUUGUAUGAUUUGUUGUCAUGACUAGCGUUGUUAUACCACCAGAAUAGAUCUUGAUAAUUCCAGUUUCAAUAUUUAACGUCUUUUAUAGCAAGAAUAUCUAAUGCUUCCACCUCCGGCUGGAACUUUCACGGAUGGCAGCAUCACCAAAUGACUGUCUAUACACCA